AUGCCUGAUACCCCAGGCGAGAACCUUCGCGACUGCGCAAUCAUUACUCUCAUCAGUGUAUUUGGUAUAUCAUACUUUUUCUUGUUUUCCGUCCAGUACUUGAUCUUCCAUUUUCCUCCUACGCCAGCCGACAUUAUCGGGACACUUUCUGUGGUGUUUUUCGCGUUCGGCGUAAUUGGAUGGUAUCUACUGUGUCUAUCCUAUCGAGUGAUCGCCGCCUUUCAUGAAGACCAGGCGGCUUGCUGGCAACGGUUGGAAUUUGGAGGUGUUCUGCUCCUGAUUUGGACUACCACUCUUCCCACUGUGGUACUCCUGUUCCCUUCCCAGCUUUUCCUUCAGUUGGGGUACCUGGCCAUGUUUAGCCUUGUCUUCGUGGGUAGCCUGGUAGAUCUCGUCAUGUACGACCCCAGUAUUGCCAUGGUACGGGUACGCUUUCCAUAUUACUGUGCCUCGCUCGGUAUCUUUGCCCUCGUUCCAAUGAUCCACUCCUUCACGGAGUCGCCACAUGCUGCACCUGAACUGGCGAUCGCUUUCGGCCGCAUGGCCAUGAUGAACACCAUGGGCGCAGUGUUCCGCCUUCUCCGUCCCUUGGAGCGAACGGGGCUUGUUCCUGGAUGGCAGCCCAGCCUCUACAUGAUGCACUUCAUAUUGGCCUACAACGCUUUCCAGUACUCUCAGGCUAUUCUGCAUAGUCUGAUCUAA